UCAAACUGCUCUAGUGCAUACGCGCCGUGGAGGAGAGGGAAGAUGGCGGAGAGGAACGUCGAUCUUGAUCACGAAUGGAGCGAGCGGGGCCUGGACACGGCCGAGGACACGCUGGUUGCAAUGGAAACCCUGUUGGCCACACUGAGGGCAUUCGAAGACGGGCUUAGGCAACAGGAAUUGUCCGUGGCAUCGUCCGCGGACUACUGCGACAACUUUUGUCAGGCACUUAUGCAUUAUGCUGGCAGCAGAAACUCCAUAGACCAUGGUCUUCCACUUCUGGAGGUCUACUGCCUUUCGAUAAAUUGCUUCGCAGCUGCCCGCUCGCACCUCACCGCAGAGUCGGACAAAGUGACUCUUGUUUUGAAGAGGCUAGCUCUAAGCUGUUUUGAACUGUUUCUGUCAGUGCCGGAUAAUGAAAUCCCAUAUGAAGCCUGGGUUCAAUUCCACCAAUCUGUUCAGAUUGCACAUGACACCUUGUUACAGUACGGCAGUACAGACCUUCAAGCCUUACUGCAGAUCACAGGAGAGGGGGGUGCCUGGAGCAAUCCCAUCCUCGCAGCUCUCCUCUCAGGGCAGCCUACCAUCCAACAAGAAGUUGACGCCUAUAUCAGUUUGGAGGGCGAGGGCUUCAUGGAGAUGCGUGUGAAGCAUUUGGAGAAGAUGGGCGAGGUGGCCAAGGCUGUGGUGCUGGCAAAAGCUUGCACAGACUGCAGCGCCAUCUCCAACCAAGCUACAUUUCGUCACACAUACGUCUCUUUGCUCUGCCAGCUGCUUCCCAAUGAAGAAGCAAUUAUGGAGAUAUCCAGGCAAGACUGCAAGGAUGUUCUUGAAAUUACCACAAACUUGGAGAUGGAGGGGGAGGAGAAUACGGGCUUCAUCUUGUGCACGACCUUCUUGACGCAGCAGCUUCAGCAGCCCAGCCUUGAUCAUUCCUGGGAGCUGAUACAACUAUGGAGUAAGCUUCAGAGGAAGCUAGGCCCUUCUCUCAUGUCUCUUCUUGAAAGAUGCCUUCAGCUGGGUGCCAUUGCCAUAACAGUGCAACAUUUGCUUUACCUGGUCCGUUUAAUUCAGACAGAGGCAGAGGCAGUGGGCACCGCUGCCUCGGUGGAGCUGUGCGUUAAAGCUCUACAACUCCCAAAACACGAUGACUCAGAAAGCAGAAUCGGCAUCUGUAAGGUGGUGUCUGGCCUCCUCCUCAAUGAUCUGGAAGUCAGGCGGGCCUGCCUCCUCACAGAGUUCCUGCUUGGCCCUAGCCAGCAGGUCUUAAACCGCCUCCAGGAGCUCUACCAGUGCCCAGACCAAAAAUACGAAAAUGAAAGGGGCCUCAUUCCCAACUCGCUACGCUGUGAACUGCUGCUCGUGCUGAAGGCACACUGGCCCAUUGACCCGGAAUUUUGGGACUGGAAAGCCCUCAAGUAUCACUGUAUCUCCCUUCUUGGGUUGAAACCUGAGUCGGAAGGGGAAGGGGAAGAGGAAGAAAGUGAGAAACCACCUAUGCUUCAAGUCAACGCACUUACAAAAGAAAUUGAGCACAAACCUUGUGUCAAUGGAAGUCGUCUUCUUCACAAGCAGCCUGAACAGAAACCUUCUCACACGGUAGGAGGAGAAGAAGGAGUGAGGAGAGCCAAGCUCUGUUGUCGGAUUUGUACAAGGUCCUUCACUGACAUUCAAAUAAUACACCACUCCAAAAGACACGUCGUGGACGACAGACACCCCUGCCCGAUUUGCCUGCAGAAUUUUAGGAGCAGAAAGGAGCUUCUUCCUCACAUGAAACAUCACCUCCACAGUGAAACGCCUCAAUGCAGUACCAACAUAAAGAUUGAAGAUGAUGAGAUUGAGCCCGGUGAGAUAACCGUUGACCCUUCUUUAAUUUUGAAUUACGAGUCCACGCACGAUCCUGAAGUCCUGCAGCACAUCGUGCGGCAAGCCAAAACUGUCAAAGACAAGUGCGCGGACAACGAGCAUGUGACAUUCGAUUACAUGAACCAGCACUUCAGUCUGCAGAACCGAGAGGAGUAUUUCUGUCCCGGAACCGGAUGCUCCAGGGUUUUUAAACAUUCCAAGUACUUGUACGUGCACUUAAAGUCAGAACAUAAAGACGAUGACAACGUAAAGCAUUUUCACCAGAUGAGAGAGCAACGGGAGAAGUGCGCCUUCUGCCGGCGCCAUUUUGUCUCCGCUUACCAUCACCACAAACAUCGAAGAACUCACUACUGUCAGCAACCGUACAUGUGUGUGGUGAUGGGCUGCGGCGCUCGCUUUGGUUCGUCCACUGAGCUCGUGUUGCACAAGCAGAUCCAUGGCUAUCAGCUGAGCUACCAGUGCGAGCUUGAGGGCUGCUGUGUGAAUUACUCGGACCUGGGACAACUUUAUCACCACGAAGCACAACAUUUCAGGGAUGCUGCAUUCACCUGCCCAACCUCCAUCUGUAAAAAAUUCUACUUUUCCAAAAGGGAAUUCAUUGAGCAUCUAUCCACACACAACAUUACUUUCUCUGAAAAGGACUUUGAGGCUCAGAGGAAAGCGAAAGAGACCAUUUUCAAGGCUGAUUUGGAAAGGGCGUCCCUUGUUCAUAGUCCAAAUGAUGCGGAAGAUUGUGCCAUCGAAGAUGGCCAACAAACUUCCUCGGGGAAUUGCGUUUCCUCCUAUCAACCAUCUGGCGACGCCAAGCCCAAAGCGGUGGUGACCAUGGUGGCUAUGUGUUUCGAUGGAAGCAAGUUCACCUGUGGAUUUGAGAGGUGCGGUAUGACUUUCUCCCGAGCUCGAGAUGUCCAGAGGCACCUGAAACAUGCCCACCCAGAACACCUUAAACUGGAGAACAAAGAUCACAAACAUGACAAGGAGCAGGGGCCAAAGUCCAAAAAGAUGAAGACUGAACUGGAGUCGGACAACGAAGAAGGUGAAAACCAGCUCUCGGCUCCCUGCUCGCCUGGAGAAGAUGGAAACGAAUGGACGACCCCACCCCACUAUACAACAAGCCUUGCAAAAAACGAUGUCCUUCAGGAAAUUCUCAUAGGGCUAAGUAGACUGGAUCUCGAUUCCGUGUCGCCACAUAGUGUCCCAAAUAAGCCGCCACAGUCCAUCGGAGGAGCAAACGCAUGCCUUCACCAGGCUGUUAUCGAAAAACAACCUGUGGUUUUGCUUUCGAAAGCAUCUUCCCAGCUUCCUCAAAGAAACGUAACAGAAGAAAGCGCGGUCGAAAGGCUUGACGAUGCUAAACCCUACACUUGCGAGAUAGGAAAGUGCAGCUUUAGGACCGCGCGGAGCUACAGUCUGCUGCGCCACUACGUUAAUAUGCACGGACGCCUGCUUGAAGAGGCCAAAAGAAUGACUUGUUUUAAGGACACGUCAUUUAAGCCCUUUAAGUGUCAUAUGUGUAGCAAGAGUCACCGAGAAAUGAAAGGAUUGAGGACCCAUUACUUUCGGACACAUAAGCUCAAUGUCAGUUUGGUGGACGCGUUUAGUCGAAGAUCUACGCAACCUACAAACCCGAGCUUGAACCCGACAGUGAGGAUAGAUGUACCCGGUUGGGAACACGGGGUGGAAAAAAACUGUGAAAAUAAACAAAACCCGAGUACUUGUUCUUCAUCCUUGGUUGUAGAUCUAGCAGAGAUUAAAGAGGAAGAAAGUGACCACAAGGGAGAUGGUGAAGAUGGGAUUACACCUCCGGUCAGAACAAGGCGUUUGGUGUCCAAAAGUAACCUCUGCUAUAUUCUAGAUAAAUUCAAUAAACCGUUUCAUUGUGUUGCCAAAAACUGCGACGCAGCCUUCUCCACCCAGGGAGGCCUGGUGCGCCACCUUCAGCUCACACACCAUUACAAGCGCUCUCAGCUCCUGUUGGAACAGGAAAUGCAACAUGAUCCCGAAGUCAAAAAGGAGAAUGUGAAGAAAAGCCCUUACCCAAACUCUGAUGAACCGAAACCCCAGUACAAAUGUCAGUUUGUCAACUGCAACGCCUCCUACCAUCUCAAAAGCAGCCUGGCGCGUCACACCCGCAUUGUGCACUCUCAUAUGUCAGGGUUAAUUCGGUGCAAGUAUGAGGGCUGCACUAAAGUAUUCACCCACAACGAGGCACUGAAAAAACACACCCUGUACCGACACUGCGAGUACUACGACUCUUUGGUGGUACGGCUCCAAAGCACUCACAAAAAGUCCAUUUCAGGAUGCCAAAAGAAACUUAUCGUAACGCCCCCAAACUCUGCCACACCCGCCUCGACCGGCUCACCGACGCGUGAACGGAAACAACCCGCCCGGUCGGAGGAUGAGGUUGACGAUGUCACCAAAGACGAAAAAAGGUUGAUUGUUAAAAACAAAAAGUCUUUCAACGCUUAUAUUUUCAGAUCGCAUGAAGAGGCUUUACAGAUGUGCCAAGACCGUUGUUUACGUGUGGCCCACCCGUGCAUGAUUCAAAACUGUGACUCCGUCCUCAAGUACGUAAAAAGCUUGAGCCGACACUACAGAGCGGUUCACCACAUGAAAAAUCGCUACCUUCGAAAUAAUGCCGAGAAGCUCUUUUAUAAUGCGGAGCAGCUGGAGGAGUUGAUUCAGAAGAAGUCAGCUCGGCCAACCGUCGCAGUUACAGAGAACCCGAAUGGAGUUUGCAAAAUGGAGUAUCAGCCGGAGGCGGAGACAUCACAGGGACAGGAUGGACAGGUACAACCGCACUCCGCCAAGGCAGAAACCCAAAUGGAGGCUCUUUCAGAUCCUCUGAGAUUCCCUGUGGAGGAAGUACUGCCCCCUGCAGAGAGAAACGGUGUCCUCGUCGGUGCCGACGAUGUGUUGUACGGAGAACCGAGUACCGGCACGCACGCUGACGAUACUGUUGUCACAACGCCGAAUGGUCACAAACAAGUCGAAAAACUGCUCAACUUGGAACAGAUCAAACCUCUCCUUCGCCCCUUUACUAUCAAUCUCUCGCCCCCAUGCUCUGUAAUCUUUACGACAGAGGAGGGCCUUCAGGAUGCUUCAAAAGACAGUAAAGUUCCUCUGCCUGUACGGCAGCCUCUCAAGCGAAAGAAUGAGAUCGCCGUACAGCCAUCAAACGUGAUCGACCCUCAGCCUCUCGGCCCCCCACCACACCCUUUUGACAUUACCACAUACAAGCCAGUCGGUUUUGAGGUUUCCUUCCUCAAGUUCAUUCAAGACACCGCACCAAAUGACAAAAAGACGCUCAUCGCCAAACGGCGAGAUUCCUUCCGGCGCAGUUGUUCAGUCAAGGAAAACAAGCAGCUGGGAAUCUCGUUCACGCGAAGCAGACGCAGUCAUCCGAUGCUUCACAAAUCCCGCGGUACAACUGCGGACUUCCCCUCUGUCCGAAAUUUGAAGUCCAUCCUGGACAAAGCCCUUGCUGGGUGCGGCGACUUGGCCAUCAAGCAGCUUCAGUACCUCAGACCUGUGGUGGUCCUGGGCAAGCCAGUGUGUACGGCCACCCUGCCUCAGCUCUUCCCUACAGAACCCAACAACAGCAAACUGCUUCUGGGAAGCAAAGUUUAACAUGGCACCUUUUAAAAUUGAGUUGGACUUUAAGUGUUAAUCUUUUUUUUUUUAUUUGUGAUGCUGUGUUUUUGUUACUUAGGUUGAGAAAUGGAAGUCUCGCAAAUCAGCAACACAAUUGAAGCCAUGAUUCCCCCCCCCCCCACCAAAUCGAAUUUUCUCGCGUAUAUACAUAAGCCCUUCAAGAUCUAUGUACAUUUUCACAGAUUGUUAGAAAUGGUUAGUAACAGGAGGCUUUUACCCGUGUGAAAAUGUAACGUACCUCCUACAAAAAUCUAAAUGAGUGACUGCCUGGCACGAAGUCUGUAAGAAAUAGGUGUGAUAUUUGCAGUGCUUGGAGAUGAGGUACCUAUGUAACUUUCUAAUAAAGCUGAAAAUUAA